AAAAAAGUUGACUUAAAAUUUCUGUUUUGCUUCAUCUCUAAAUAUGUUUUGAUUAAAAACCCAGGCCUCGAGAUUUUGUUUCCGCACCCUAGAUAUGACCUUCUUUUGGAGUUCAAUGAUUUUUCUUGUUCAUGUAACAUGUGUUUUGCAAACGCAAUUUAAAAGUGCAAGGGCCGUCUGUCUUAGGGACAUUCUCAAAUUUUAUUAUUCUGAGGAAGCCUGCAGUUUCAAUAAAACUCGUAUUACCGAAGUUUUUAAGGAAAACCAGAGAGCCUGUUUUGUCAAUUGCUCUAUGAUAUCUAGUAAUACCAUAACGGAUAAUUGGCAGUACAUGUAUGAAAUUGAGAAAAUGGAAAUAAUUUUCUCCACAACCUACACUUUCACAAUGUUCAAACCAUGCAGUAGAUUUGGCAACUCUGAUGCUUACAUUACUGUAACCUGUGGUGAGAAGAUAUUUAAUGAAAGAAGAGUUGGUGAAUACUGUACAAACAGUACACAGUGUACACUGGGAAAUCCCGAUACGACCUGUAAUAAGACCACUGGAGUCUGUGAUUGUAAAGACGGCUACAUCAUGAGGUUCAAUAAUUGUUUUCAAGGUGAUUUGUCAUUAAACGAGUCAUGUGAAAUCAACGAGCAAUGCAGCAAGACUCCUGAAUAUUUGUUUUGUAGGCAAAAUAAUUCCCGGAAAGCAUGUUCACCCUUACCUGAUCCCAAAGUUAACGCCCAUAAAAAUGACUGUAAGUUUUUUUUAAUUGACAACAGGUGCUUAAGGACAGGAACUCCCCUCCCCGAUGUAGACCCCCGGGCCUUUUCGACUUUUUUCACAUAAAUUAUAUAUGGAUGACAUAUUUGUGAUAUAAGCUAGUAAUAUAUUCCAUAUAUUCGGAAUAUUUCAUUAAACAAACAUUUUAUUAAAAAUU